AAAUGUGAUUUUGCCAUCGGUAUUUCUUCACUUGUUAUCGUCGGCAACUCGCAUAUCGAAAACAUACAUAUUUAUUAUUGCAUUGAAAGGUGAACAAUAAUAAACGUCAAAAGCAAACUAUGAUUGAAAUAACCUGCAACGAUCGCCUGGGGAAAAAGGUGCGUGUGAAAUGCAAUCCCGACGACACCAUUGGCGACCUCAAGAAACUGAUUGCGGCGCAAACGGGCACAAAGCAUGAGAAGAUUGUGCUGAAGAAGUGGUAUACGAUCUACAAGGAUCCUAUUCGUCUAUCCGAUUAUGAAAUUCACGACGGCAUGAAUCUGGAGCUGUAUUACCAAUAGAUUGGACUGGAUCUAAAUACCAGCUCAAAAGAAUACGAAACACCUUUUUUUACUGUCUGCUAUGUAAACAUAAUUUAUAGAAAUAAACGAUUAUAAAGUUUUUAAUUAAUAAA